AGAGAGAAAGAGAGAGAGAGAGAGAGAGAGAGAGAGAGGAGUUCUGGUCUUCCCUGCUCCCAUACCCAUCAGCUCUCAGCCACUCAAGUCAGACCAGAGGGGACGAAAUCGCACGAGCUGCUCCUCCUCGGUCUUCGCGUGCUUUUGCGGGAAUCUGAGCGUGCCGACGCUAGACGGAUGUGCCGACGAAAGCGCCUGCCCUGAAGUUGGAUACCGAAAACCGAGCGAAAGGUUUACUCCUAGCCUAGACCCUCGAAGAGGAGCGCGGAGACGAGAGCGGCAGCCCCGUGUUUUGCUGUGUUCGGAGCACCAUGGAGCUCCCGUGCUGGAUGGCGCUGGCGCUGCUGCUGCUGGCGCAGACCGCACUGGCACAGCGUCACUAUUAUCGACCAAGCGAUGAUGAGAGUUCUGGAGAUGGAUUUUUCGAUGAUGAGGACUUAUUCUCCGGAUCCGGCUCUGGCUUUCCAGAUAUGGACGUUAGUCCAACUGCAGCAAGUGUGGCGGUCACUACAGAAGAGCCCCUCCCACUUUCCACCACGCAGGCCACUGGCCCCGCCCCCUCGGCCUCCCCUGCCGCUGAGCCAAGUAGCCCACCUCCACCUGAGGUGGAACGCGAGAGCGGCUUGGGACAAGAUGUAGACAAAGAAAGCAAACUGGAGAGAGAGAUUGAGAAAAAGUGGGAGGAACUUGAGGAGGAGGAACUGGAAUCAAAGAUUACAACAACAGGGUUGGAUGCCGAUAAAGUGCAAGAAGGAGAGGAGGAACAAGAGAGGUCGAAAGCUACGGUUGCCCCCCGACUGACUGAUGUUCCUCUAGUGUUUGUGGACUCAUCUACUGCUCUGGAUGAGACCACAGUGGCCACUAGUGACCCGGAGGACCUCGCCGCCACAGAAGAAGAGGAGGAUCUAUACAUUACGACAGAAACCAUGAUGUUAGAGGCAUCCAGCACACAAGAAACGACAACAGAUGACAUUACAACAACCGAGGUCAUCUCAACCACCGUAGCGUCCACCACUGCUAAGCCAACCAGACCACGUCCUGCCCCGACCACCCCGAGCACCGCCCCGGUACGACCCCGGAGACCACACACUACCCCCAGCAGAGCCGUCCCGACUGAGAGCAACACCCGUUCAGCGAUGACCACGACGCAGACACAAACACCAGAUGAAACUGUAAAUAAUGAAGUUGCAGGACCAAGUCCAAGUGGUGAUUUUGAAAUCCGCGAGAAUGAAGGUCGCCAAGGCAACGAGGUCAGGAGAGGCAAAGUGGAGCCCGGCGUGGCGGGAGAACCAGAUCUGACUGGAAACACAGUAGAUGCUGCUGGAAGCUCAGCUGCUCAACUUCCACAGAAGAACAUCCUUGAGAGGAAGGAAGUUUUGAUAGCGGUGAUUGUCGGAGGUGUAGUUGGAGCACUCUUCGCAGCAUUCCUCGUAAUGUUACUCGUGUACCGGAUGAAAAAGAAAGAUGAAGGCAGCUACACGUUGGAGGAGCCUAAACAAGCCACCGUCACCUACCAGAAACCAGACAAGCAGGAAGAGUUCUACGCCUAACAUCCAUAUGUUCAUCCUCGUUCAUCUCUCCAACCUUGUCCCGUCUCUAUCUGACCCUCCCUUCCUUCUUUUCAUCUCACCUCUUUUCCUUUGAUCCCUUUCUUCCCUCGUUUCCCCAUGAGAGUGCCUCUCAUUCCACGGACUCGGAACUUUCUUUUCAAAAAAAAAAAAAAAAAAACUGAAAAAGAUCAAUGUAGAAAAAAUGCAAUUGGUUGUGGGUGGGGCUUGGGGGGGGGGGGGGGGGGCCAGAGGGCGGGACGUGAGUCUACACUACACAGAGAAAAAAACUUUUUUAAGAACAUGUUAUUAUUGAUAUGUUUAGGAUCGUUGUUCUAUGAAAUUAUGACCUGAAUCCUUUUUUUUGUAAAGACACUGCGUUUCAGAUGUGUUUCCUGCACAAUAUUAUGGGAGCAAAAAAAAACAAAAA